CAAUGGGAGCGCGGGGGGCGGGGCCCGGCGGUGAUGGCGCGGGAGGGUGCCCUGGAGGAUCCAGCUGUGCCCCCAGAUGUUGAGGGCCCCCCAAAACACCUUCCCUGCUCCCAAAAUGCCCCAGAUGUGAUCGGGGAGGGGCCAGAUCCAGAUGUUGGGGACCUGAAAAUGCCCAGAGUGGCCCAAAACACCUCAGAGGCUCCAGAUGUGGCAGCAGAAACCCCAAAUCCCGAUGUGCUAUGGGCCAGAAAUGGGCACCGGACGCUGCAGGUGGACAGUGACACAGAUGUGGAGGAGGAGGGGCCAAAUCCAGAUGUUUGGCCCCAAAAAUGUCUUAAAAUGACCCAAAAUGUCCCUGAAACUCCAGAUGUGAGGCUAAAAACCCCAAAUCCAGAUGUUCUGUGGCUUAGAAGUGGGCAUGGCAGCCUGCUGGUGGAGAGCGACACAGAUGUGGAGCAGGAGGAGGCUGAUCCAGAAGUGGAGGCCCCAAAACGACUGAAAAUUGCCCAAAACAUCCCAGAAACUCCAGACGUUGCAGGAAGGACCCCAAAUCCAGAUGUUUCAGGCCCAAAAAUGCAACACAGGAUGGAGCUGGUGGACAGUGACACAGAUGUGGACGAGGAUCCAGAUGUGCAGCCCCAGAAAAGGCCUAAAGUGACCCAAAACAUCCCUGGAAUUCCAGAUGUGGAGGUGGAAACCCCAAGUCCAGCUGUGACGGCACCCAAAAUUGCACACUGGAGAAUCCUGAUGGACAGCGACACAGAUGUGGAGGGGGAGGAGGAGAAUCCAGAUGUGCAGCCCCAAAAACAACUCAUAAUGCCCCCAAACCUGCCAGAAACUCCAGAUGUGGCAGCAGAACCCCUGAAUCCAGAUGUUUCAGGCCCAAAACUCCGUUCUCAGAUGCUGCUGGUGGACAGCGAUACAGAUGUGGAAGACGAAGUGAAUCCAGAUGUGCAGCCCCCAAAAAGGCUCAAAGUGCCCAGAAUUCCAGAUGUGAACGUGGCGACCCCAAAUCCAGCUGUGGAAAGGCCCCAAAUCGGCCAUCAGACGCUGGUGGAGGACAGCGACACAGAUGUGGAGGAUGAUCCAGAUGUGCAGCCCCUAAAAAGGCUCAGACGGAUUCAGCAUUUGCCCAAAACUCCAGAUGUGCGAUGGGGGACACCAAAUCCAGAUGUUCCAGGCCCCACAGUCCGGAGUCAGAUGCUGCUGGUGGACAGCGACACAGAUGUGGAGGGGGAUCCAGAUGUGCAGCCCCUGAAACGGCUCAGAGCGACCCAAAACGUCCCUGAAACUCCAGAUGUGGCUGCGAAGCCCCCAAAUCCAGAUGUUUUGGGCCCUGAAAUCAGGUGCCAGGCAUUCCUGGUGGACAGUGACACAGAUGUGGAGGAGGAGGAGGAGGGAAAUCCAGAUGUUGAGACCCUGAAAAAGCUUGAAAUGACCCAAAAUGUGCCUGAAAGUCCAGAUGUGGUGGCACAGACCCCAAGUCCAGAUGUUGGAAUGACCAAAAAUGGGUGUCAGGCACUGCUGGUGGACAGUGAUACAGAUGUGGAGGAGGAUGAGGUGAAUCCAGAUGUUCGUCCUUCAGAAAGAUUGAAAAUUCCUCAAAACGUGCCCCAAACUCCAGAUGUGCCCCCACAGCCCCCAGAUCCAGCUGUGAAGGGGUCACAGAGGGGUCAGGGGGCGCUGCUGGAUGACAGCGACACAGAUGUGGAGGAGGAGGCAAAUCCAGAUGUUGGGUCCUUAAAAAGACCGAAACCGGCCCCAAACAUGCCUGAAACUCCAGAUGUGAGGCUGAAAACACCAAAUCCAGAUGUUUCAGGCACAAAAAUUGGGUGUGGGACACUGCUGGUGGACAGCGAGACAGAUGUGGAGGAGGAUGAGAUGAGUCCAGAUGUUCGGCCCUUAAAAAGACUGAAAAUGACCCAAAAUGUGACUGAAACUCCAGAUGUGCCCACACCAACCCCAAAUCCAGCUGUUGGAGGCUCUGAAUCCAGAUGUGGAGCCUUGGUGGGGGAGAGUGACCCAGAUGUGGAGGAGGAUGAGGCUGAUCCAGAUGUUCGGCCCUCAAAAAGACAGAAGAUUGCCCAAAAUGUGCCUGAAACUCCAGAUGUUGGACUGAAACCCCCAAAUCCAGAUGUUGGGAGGCUCCAAAGGACCCAAAAUGUGGCCAAAACACCAGAUGUGGAGGGAGAGGAGGAAGGGUGGGAUCCAGAUGUGGCCACCCAGCUGUUCCUGCCCCCAAAUCCAGAUGUGGGUGAGGCUGAGGCAGAUCCAGAUGUUAGGAGCCCAGAACAGCUCAAAAUGACCCAAAAGCCAUCGGAAAUUCCAGAUGUGGAGGAGGAAGAGGAGUCAGAUCCAAAUGUGGCCACCCAGCUGUUCCUGCCCUCUCCAGAUGUUGGGAGCCCAAAACGACCCAAAAUGACCCAGAACCCUCCCAAAAUUCCAGAUGUGGAAGAGGAAACCCCAGAUCCAGAUGAGGAAGAACAGGAGUCAGAUCCAGAUGUGGCCACCCAGCUGUUCCUGCCUUCUCCAGAUGUUGGGAGCCCAGAAAGCUCCAAAACAGCCCCGAAGGACCUCAGAAUUCCAGAUGUGGAGGAGAAAGAGGAGUCGGAUCCAGAUGUGGACACCCGGCUGUUCCUGCCCUCUCCAGAUGCUGGGAGUCCGGAAGGCCCCAGAACUGCCCCAAAGGACCCCAAAAUUCCAGAUGUAGAGGGGCUGCCCUCCCUGGAUCCAGAUGUGGCCACACAACUGUUCCUGCCCCCGCAUCCAGGUGUGGAGAACGGCCUAAAUCCAGAUGUUCUGGGUCCAAAACAAACCGAAAUGGCCUCAAAUGCCCCCAAAAUUCCCAUUGUGAGGGUGGAGACCCCAGAUCCAGAUGUGGAGGGGGAGGAGGACUUGGAUGUGGCCACUCAGCUGUUCCUGCCCCCUGAUCCAGAUGUGGAGGGGGAAAGGACCCUCAGAACCAGCUGUUGGGUCCCCAAAACCACCCAAAAGUCCCCUAAACCCGCCCGAAAUUCCAGAUGUGGCCAUGGAGAGCCCAAAUCCAGAUGUGGGGGAGUCACCGAGGGGCCACAGGACAUUGCUGGGGGAUAUGUGGAGGUGGACACCCCGAAUCCAGAUGUGGAGGGGCCGGGGAGCCCUGGCCUGAAUCCAGAUGUGGCCACCCAGCUGUUCCUGCCCCCUGCCCCAGAUGUGGAACGCCCGGAAAGCCCCAAAAGGGUCCUGGAUGAGCCCCAAGUUCCAGAUGUGGAGGAGGCGGCCCCAAAUCCAGAUGUUGAGGGUCCCCCAAGCCCUGCCCAGGAGGAAGCAGAAGCUCCGCCCACCCCACAGGAGGAGGAGCCACCAGAGGGUGCCAAGCGCAGGCUCCGCCCCCGGGCAGCACCGGGCUCCGCCCAGAUCCGGCCUGGUGGCCUCGCCCCACUGUGUCCCCACGUCCCCGGGCUGUUCACAGGUGGGCCUCCCUGGGGGCCGGGGGCGCUGGGUGGCACCGAGGCCACGUCUGUGCACGACUGCAGCCACCUGGUGACCGAUGGCAUCCGCCGGUCACUGAAGUUCCUGUGUGCCCUGGGCAGGGGCGUCCCCAUUGUCACCCCCCAGUGGCUGCUCGAGAGUUCCCACAGUGGCCGCCCGCUGUCCCCAGGUCCCUUCCUGCCCCGGGCCCGCUGUGAGCGGCGCUUUGGCUUCAGCCUGCGCCCGGCGCUGGCCCGGGCCCGGGAGCGGCCCCUGCUGCAGGGCUACCAGGUGCACGUCACCCCCAGUGUCCAGCCGUGCCCCGAGGACAUGCGGGACAUUGUCACCUGCUGUGGUGGCACCUUCCUGCCACAGCUGCCCCGGGAACACGCGCCCCGUGUCCUGGUCAUUUCGUGUCCCCAGGACCGCUGGCUCUGGCCCCCGGCCGUGGCCGCGCGGCUCCCGCUGCUCUCGGCCGAGCUGCUGCUCUCGGGGGUGCUGCGGCAGCGCCUGGAGCUGGCGCCCUUCCUGCUGAGCCCCUGGCAGCCCCCCGAAAACAGCCCCGAGCCCCCCAAAACCACCCCUGACUCCCCCCAAAAUACCCCAAAUCCCGCCCAGAACAGCCCAAGUCCCACCCGAAACCAAAAAAAUCUCACCCACAAAACCCCAAAUCCCGCCCAGAAACGGAAAAAUCCCCCCCGAAAAACCCCAAAUCCU